AUGGCUUCGUUUGUUGGGACUACGGUCAGACUGACGUUGCGAUCCGGUGAUUCGUACGUCGGUACGAUUCUUUCAAUUGAUCCGGCUACUGCCACUCUCAAGGUGCAGCGUACCGACAAUGGUGAGAUGAUCGCGGUGCGUCGAGAAGAGUUGCAGGAUGUGAGCACCGUCACAGAAACGUCUCAAUCGUCAUCAGCUCCUAGCAACAGCGUAUCGACACCCAAGCAAAGCCACAAGGCGUUGGCUGACCCUAUGGCACGUUCUGCGUCGCCUGCGGACAGCCGCAAAAAGCGUAACCGCCGCAAGGGCGAACGGGCCGAUGCUGGCAAUACCACCACAGCCCCAGCUGGUCCUGCAUCCAUGUUUGACGAGGAAUUUGACUUCACCAAGAGUACUCAAAACUUUGAUAAGAAAAAGAUUUGGGAGGAGAUUCGCAACCAAGAGGCUAACCCCAACCCUCAUCUCCUUGUAAACAUCAACCGAAACCCUCUGCUUCAACAAAGUGCAGGUUCGAAACAGCCCAUGCUAGCACCUACUGAGAUGGUACUUGACGAACCGUCGGAACCUAUCGCUGCUCCUACUUCGAAUCUCGGGGAAGUACAAGUGCUUCGAUCUGAAGUGGACACACUCUCUGGAGCUCUGGCAGAAGCCCGUUCUGAGAUUCAACGUCUCCGCAGCCAGGUCGCUUUGAGUGAAGCGCUUACAGGAUUACACAUUGAAGACCUCGGGGAUGGUACCUAUGUUUGUGGUGUAUACAAAGACGCCAAGACGUCGGCCGCUCACUGGCGUCACAAGCACCAGCAAUCAGAGCCGGUGGGAACAGAUGGUGCACUCCGAUACCUUGUUCGGGCGCCUGGUAUAGGCAAUACAGACGCUGUAUCGCUGGGCUAUGGCGGCCCUCACCGGGAUCACAGCGACGCGGAGGUUUUGGAGAAGCUGCCUGAUCACUUCCAAAGCGAUAUCAAUAUCAAACUUGAUAAUGCGCCUUUGUUCCAGCGCCGUUUGACUGAUCUUAUGCAAGGUUUGUAA